AAAACAUUUAUUUAGAAUAAUAUUAAAAAUGGUAAAUGAAAAGAUUCUAUAUCUUUUAUACACAAUUAUGAUGACUCAUCACGUGUCACCAUUUAUGACUGAUUUGAUGAAAAUGCAAAGACCAAUUCGAUCUGAAAUGAUAACAGAUGAUAAUGAGGACACGGAAGUAGAUUUACUUAUCGUAAAUGGACUUCCAUAUAUAGAAACAUUGCCUACUAAUGAGAAUCCAAACCAAUCCAAUCCAAGUUCCACAGAAGAACAAAACCACAAUGAAAAAAAAGUUGCUGUCGUAUAUAGUGUAGCGAAACCUGGUUUUCCGAUUAUGCCUCCAUCUGGGACUGAACUCACAGUUCUGCAAACUGAAAAUGGACGUGUAGUGCAGGUGCCAAAAAUGUCGACCGCAAAUAAAAAUGAAUUCUCAAAUACACACCAGAAACAAACUUUACCAGAGAAUAGAAUAACACCUUAUAAAUUUGAUGAUGAUACUACAUUUUUAUCCGAAUUUCCUUCGCAGAGUAAUCAACCAUUCAUAGACAAGAGUAAAACAUAUUCAAUAUUUGACAAGACAUACUCUCAGUUGACAUCGGAUACAACAGCAACUACAUCAAAUCCAUAUGAAGUGUACUAUAAAAUCUCUUCGGAAAAUGAUGAUCCAAGCAAAUCAACAGUACAGAAUAGUUUGGAAGAUUUAGAUGUGUACUUAUUCAUACUACCGGCUGAGCACUAUGAAGAGCAAACAGAUAUUCUACCAGAGUAUGACUAUCGGGACAUACUGAAUAGAAAAUGUUUUUUCAUAACAAGUUUAAGUGUUAUAAAACAUGGAACAUUUGGCGUUUCAAGUUUGGUAUGCCGACACUGUUGUUUAGUUAAAGCACGCACCUAUGCAUGUUUUGAUAUCAGGAAGGGAAGAUGCACCAUUCGUGAAAUAUAUGAGUAAUACAUUAUACGAUAUUAUUAAUUUAAUACAAACAAUUUUUGUAAUAAUCAAGUGAGAGUACCAUGCCACUGUAAGAGAAAAAAUAUAAAAUCUAUUAAUUUAUAUCAUGUAAGAGUUGAUUAG